GCGCACCUGGUCGGCUGGCGUCAUAUAGCACGAUGUUCUUAACCUACGCCUUAACUUUACAUCUAUAAAAGUUAACUCCCUCUCGAUUCUUCCACACUCCAUCUACUCGUGACUGAUCUCUUUCCACCGAUCCAUUCAUUGAUUUUCAACGAGUUUGAUUUGAAAAUGGCGACGAAGAAGAGCGUGGGUUCGCUGAAGGAAGCCGAUCUGAAGGGCAAGAAGGUUCUCGUGAGAGCGGAUCUGAACGUGCCGUUGGAUGAUAAUCUCAACAUCACCGAUGAUACCAGGAUCAGAGCCGCCGUCCCUACCAUUAAGUAUUUGAUUGGAUAUGGUGCUAAAAUCAUCCUCACUUCCCACCUUGGCCGUCCAAAAGGCGUCACACCAAAAUACAGUUUAAAGCCUCUCGUUCCUAGACUAUCUGAGCUUCUUGGACUAGAGGUCAAGAUGGCUAAUGACUGUAUUGGUGAAGAAGUUGAGAAGUUGGUGGCUGCAUUGCCAGAUGGUGGUGUUCUUCUCCUGGAGAAUGUUAGGUUCUACAAGGAAGAGGAGAAGAAUGACCCCGAAUUUGCAAAAAAGCUUGCUUCUCUUGCAGAUUUGUAUGUUAAUGAUGCAUUCGGAACUGCACACAGAGCUCAUGCCUCAACAGAGGGAGUUACCAAGUACUUGAAACCCUCUGUUGCUGGAUUCCUUAUGCAGAAGGAACUUGAUUAUUUAGUCGGAGCUGUGUCCAACCCAAAGAAGCCUUUUGCUGCCAUUGUUGGAGGUUCAAAGGUCUCAUCCAAAAUUGGUGUUAUUGAGUCACUGUUAUCCAAGGUAGAUGUCCUGAUCCUUGGUGGUGGUAUGAUCUUUACUUUCUACAAAGCCCAAGGACUUGCGGUGGGAUCCUCACUUGUGGAGGCUGACAAGCUUGAUCUCGCAACUUCUCUCAUUGAGAAGGCUAAGGCUAAGGGAGUAUCCCUUUUGCUGCCUUCUGAUGUUGUUAUUGCUGACAAGUUUGCUGCUGAUGCCAAUAGCAAGACCGUUGCAGCAUCUGCCAUUCCUGAUGGAUGGAUGGGAUUAGAUAUUGGUCCAGAUUCGAUCAAAUCAUUUGGCGAAGCUCUUGAUUCUACCAAGACAAUAAUCUGGAAUGGCCCAAUGGGUGUUUUUGAAUUUGACAAGUUUGCAGCAGGAACAGAGGCCAUUGCGAAGAAGUUGGCGGAACUCAGUGGCAAGGGAGUGACAACAAUCAUAGGAGGUGGUGACUCAGUUGCUGCAGUCGAGAAGGCUGGACUAGCAGAGAAGAUGAGCCAUAUCUCAACCGGAGGUGGUGCUAGCUUGGAGCUUCUCGAGGGAAAGACACUACCUGGAGUCCUUGCACUCAAUGAUGCUUAAGCUAUGUCUUGUUUCGAUGUUAUGCGUUUUUAGUUGUCGUCUUGAGAUGUUACCGCUGGUCUUGUAGAGUGGUAGAGGCCAAAAACGCUAAUAAUCACCACCAACAUAUUUUGGUGCAAUAACUGAGAUUUUUGCUUCCUUGACGAUUCUCCUAUAUUGGAAAUGCCUCUUUUUUGUGUAUUA